AUGCCUCCCAGCGCCCCGGAAACAUUCAAGGCCGAAGAGGCCGAUAACCUUGAAGAUAUCGAGAAGCAGUUUGCUGUUAAAGCUGUACAGCAAAUGGCAACCUACUGGGGUAUACUAGAAAAAGUACCGGGCUCUAGUCUAAGGCUCACAAAAAUUGAUGAUGAAAUCUACGACCAUCUGAUGCGAGAUUUUCCCGAAUUCGACCCCGCAGUUACUAUUAACGAAGAUGAAAUGAAAAGUAAAGCAGGCAAAGAACGAUGGCGAAAAUUUAUGAUGGCAUACAACAAUAGAGUAGACGAUUACAGCUUCGGUACAAUUGUAAGAUCAAACCCGAAGUGGGAGUAUGGGAAUGAAGAGACUAUAUUUGUACCCCGUAUGCAGUUCUAUGCAAUUGAAAUCGCAAGAAAUAGGCAUGGUUUGAAUGACUGGAUACAUGAAAAAUAUCAAAAAGAGCAGGAAAAUUUAAGACUUGAGGCAGUAGCCAAAGAAUAG